AUGAGCAUCCUGCAGCUCGACUGGUACCCAUGGAUCCGCCGGGCCUGUCUGCCCACUCCAUCGCUGCAGGGCAACAUCUUCGCCGGCUUCGAUGAGACUCUGCUGCAGAGAGCCGAGGCUCUGGCCGCGGUGGACAUCGUGGCGCAGAAGAGCCACCCGUUCAAACCGGACGCGACCUACCACACCAUGACCACCAUGACCAGCAUGGCCUGCACCCCGACCUCCUCCUCCGCGCACCUGCACCACCCGUCCGUGCUCACCUCCCACCACCACCCUUCGCACCACCAGUCGGCUCAGGUCCUGGACAGCGAGCUGCUGGACCACCUCACGCCGGGCAUCUCCCUGGGAGGCAUGCCAGGGUCGGACGUCUGCUCGACGGCCUCGCACAACGCCCACGCCGCGCACAUGUCGGCCAUCAACCACAUGCAGCACCACCACCACCACCACCAGCAGUCCAUGAACAUGCACCAGCACGCGCUGUCCCACGGCUCACUGGGGGGCGGCGGCCUGGACUCGGAGCCCGACCCGCGGGAGCUGGAGUCGUUCGCCGAGAGGUUCAAGCAGCGGCGGAUCAAACUCGGGGUGACGCAGGCGGACGUGGGCUCGGCGCUGGCCAACCUCAAGAUCCCCGGGGUCGGGUGCCUGAGCCAGAGCACCAUCUGCAGGUUCGAGUCCCUGACGCUGUCGCACAACAACAUGGUGGCCCUGAAGCCCAUCCUGGAGGCCUGGCUGGAGGAGGCGGAGCGGGCGCAGAGGGAGAAGAUGUCCAAGCCGGAGAUCUUCAACGGGGGGGACAAGAAGAGGAAACGAACGUCCAUCGCGGCCCCGGAGAAGCGGUCCCUGGAGGCCUACUUCGCCGUGCAGCCGAGGCCCUCGUCGGAGAAGAUCGCCGCGAUCGCCGAGAAGUUGGACCUGAAAAACGUGGUCCGGGUUUGGUUUUGCAAUCAGAGGCAAAAGCAGAAACGAAUGAAGUUUUCUGCGACGCACUAAGACCAUCAGUCCUUUUACAAAAAGACAAAGCAGAGACGAGCUGCUGCUGCACCCUGUCAUAGAAACAAGGUACCCCGCUGGGCCUGAUGUUGAUCCCCUUCGGUUACGUCUCGUCUCCUCUACAGUCUGAUUUUUUUUUUUUUUUUUUUACACGGACUAAAUGUUCAGGUUCGUCACGAUGCUGCGAAGGGAGACAGUAUUCAACACUUCAAGGACACUGAGCGCCUGGACGGCUGACCCCCGGUCAGUAAAACCAGGGGGGCUUUUUUUUUUCCAGCCAUAAGCAGCUUCAUCAACAGCUGGAUUCAACGGUGUACCUUCCUGUGACAGCGGAGACCGAGCAGCGGGACCGGGAGAGAGACUGAGACCUUGUCCAAAAACUUCAGACUCUCAAAACGUUGAUGCUUCACCAUCAGAAAAAAAAAAAAAAGAUGAGGAACAACGCUCCGUCUCAAUCCAUCCAGUUAUACAAUUAUUGUACAAAAUAAAAGUAAAAUAAUGAUGGGGAUCCUUAUUCGGAAUAGCUUUUUUUAUAUGUAUCAUUGUAGAUAUUUGUGAAUACGUUGCACCUCCGUGUGUGGACAAGCUCAUUGAAAUGUAUUGGCUCUGUGUUUGUUUCUGUCGGGAACUCAGAACGUUUUUCAUUUCCUUUCCGAGUGUGUGUGUGUGUGUGUGUGUUUGUGGGGGGGUGAACUCCUGUAAUCCAUUGCAUGGUUUACUCGGUUGGAGAAGUGUUUUCUCGGCGUUAUGGCUUCCAAAAUAUGACCCCCCCCCCCCCCCCCCCCACACCACACCACACACACGCCCCCAAGUGAAUGCAUUGCAAUAAGAAGACACACACAGACACACACGCGCACGAAUACACACAUUCACACGGUACAUGUGUGGCUACCUCAUUAUGCAAGUGUUGGCACGUUCUUGGUGAUUAACAAACAAACACACGCAAAAAAAAUGUAGUAGAAUCGAUUCGUUGUUUAGUUUGUUUAUGUGUUUUUAUUAUUUUUCGUUUUCUUUCACCCGUUCAAAGAUGAAAUAGAAAACGCACUGAUGUGUAAACCUGUUCAUGACCACUGCAAGGAUGCUUUGACAAUCAAAUUAUUAUUAUUUAGCUAUAUUUAUUUGUAUUUAUUUAUCAUUAUUAACGUUAUUAUUACACGUGGGUUGUUGACCUCUCCUCUCUGUGUCCUCGUAACAUGAAUGAUUUGCAUAUUGUUAUAAUUAUUGUUAUUAUCACUGACACCUUUGUGGAGCGCACUUUGUAGAUAUUUCGAUGAAGGGAAACAGUCGGCCUUAUUUAUACUUAUUUUUCUGAGAAAACCUAAUUUUUCUUUUUUUUUCUUUUAUAUUUAUUUGACCUUAAUUUAUUUUAGAGAAGCAGAGAAGAAAAACACCUGUUUCAUUUGUGAAAGUGUGCUUUAAAUGUGUCUGUGUGAACAACAGAAGCUGAAAUAAACCGUGCACGUUUUACUUCAUCCUUUGACAGCCCUUCUUCAGAAAAUAAAAUCAAUCAAAACAAACAAAAAAAAGGCAGGUAUUUUGUAUAUACUUUAUUUAAAAUAUACAUUUAAUGGACUCAUGCAACAUGAGCUCGCGUGUCCGUGGAAAGAAUCGGCGUGCUCGCCAGCUGCUGCUGUGAAACAGGAGCCGCGUGGAGGUGAAGGAGGUCCGUCCGUCUGAAAGCUGCCCCCCCCCCCCCCAUCCCUCUCCAGUGAUGAAUAGGAUUUGAUACUUGAGUGACUCUAAUAUUGAUCACUUUGGCCUCCUGUGAAGACGCUCGUCUCUACCGCGUGAGGGCGGAGCCGGAAAGAACCACGUCCGGCACGAAGUGGACUUAAAGCUCAAUAGAAAGAACACUCUUCGGUUCAAGCAGUUCAUAUUUCUUUAAUACCCUCGUUUUUUGGUAUUUUUGGAAUACUUGAGGUCCAUUAAAGGCCAGAAACCAAAACCAUCUUUGAAUCAGUGUUUGAAAACAUCUGGAUUCUUGGGGAAAUGUUGACGUCUUUACCUUUUUUUUUUAAUUGUUUUUUGUUGGCUUGAAAAAUCAAAUAAACUUCACCAUGUUGAGUUCAAAA